GUAUUGGUGGUGGUGGUGGUGGUGGUCGUGCUGGUGGUGGUUUAUAUAGGUCUUUCGAGUACUGUAUAUAUAGCCGCCUUCCGUCUCGGAUCUCCGCAAAGAGCCGACUAACAUCCGGAAGUGUCGUCUGUCGCGGCACGCACACCCCCACAACAAGCUGUCUGCCCGUCUGUCUGUCUGUCAAAAGUGGACGCGGAAAUUCGCCAGGAUGCGGGACCGGCUCUCCUGGUACAUGGUGUUUCUCAUCCUGCCGACGAUCCUACUGGCCAGAUCUCUCGACAAAGACCGGCGAGUCCCGUUCAACAUACCCUCGGAUUGGAAGGCGCUCUGGUACAGCAACCUCGACGAGCUGCAGCGGGUCAACGAGGCGAACGAAAACAACACCGUGUCCAACGUGACGGUGCAACUCGGCGGCACGGCUUUUCUGCACUGCAAGGUGCGCAACUUGGCCGAGCGCAGCGUCUCCGAUGCCGAGACUUCCUGGAUACGCCGGCGCGAUUGGCACGUCCUCACCAGUGCGAUGUUCACAUACACGAAUGACGAGAGGUUUCAAGUUUUACAUGCAGAAGGCUCGGAGGACUGGACCCUUCAAAUCAAGUACGUGCAGGAGAGAGACAACGGGACCUACGAGUGUCAAGUCUCAAGGAGUACAGGGAUACUGUCGCACUUUGUCAAUCUGAACAUUGUGACGCCAGAAGCGUUCAUACUCGGCGGGGACGAGCACCACGUCGACGUUGGAUCUAUAAUAAGCCUCGUCUGUAUUAUAGAAAAGAGUCCGACGCCGCCGCAGUACGUGUUCUGGUAUCACAAUAAUCGGAUGAUAAAUUACGACACGGCGCGAGGCAGCGUGACCGUGCAAACCGAUCCAGGACCAACCCAGAGCCGGCUGACCAUUCGCCACGCCGUAGAGUCGGACACGGGUAAUUACACGUGCAGCGCAUCCAACACCAAGCCGGCCUCGAUCUUCGUCUUUGUCACCGAAGGUGACAAAAUGGCGGCGAUCCUGCGGCGCAAAACGUCGACCGGCUCGCGGCUCGAGAUCGGCCGGUACUCGCUACCGGUGCUCCUCUUCCUCCAGGCGCUGGCCCUCGGCUACGGACUCCGAUAAGCCCCGCUGCACACACGCUCGACUACAACAAAAUUCACUCGCACGCAGCAGCGGGAGCAAGAGAUAUAUAUCAUAUUAAAAAUAAACAAGAAAACACGUGUCUCAGCAAUGGAAAAAAAAUAAUAAUAAAGAAUAUAAAUAUAUUAUGUAUAAAAUGCGCCCGCCGACUGGACGGGGAUUAAGGACUUUCAACCAAAAACACACGCUCCCACGCGCACCGUUACACCCAUUAACCGAAACAACACGUUAUAUAUUAUACACUACACACACUCUUACAAGUGAAACAACAAUUGUCCACGCCAUUAAAAAAUUACGUCGUUUAGAAAAACAAAAUGAUAUAAGAUUAAACAAAAAAAAAGGAUAAAUAAUUGAAAGGAGAUGAUCGUCAUAUUGUCAUAUUAUUUCAUCAGUAUAACUAUGUAUAUUUGCGUUACUCGCGUUUUUAUCGCAAAAAGUAAAAAGUAAAAAAAAAAAAAAGAAAGAAAAAAAACACCCUACGAACGUACAGGAUGUAAUGUGUAUAAAAAAUGAAAAAAAUAAAUAAAUAACCGAGGGAAAAAUAAAAAGUUAUAACAACAACGUAUUAGGCGAAGGUCGGUGGCAUGUGUAAAAAAAAAAAAAAAAAACGAAGAAACAAGGAAAAAGAGUCAGCAACGUCAGCGGAACUCGCGAGUUAUUACGCUCGCACAGUGGGCUCGUGUAUACAUGUACGCAACCUACAUCGUGCGAAAAUAGAGAAAGAAGAGAGACUACCUCUUUUUUUUUUUUUUUUUUUUUUUCCGGGGACGCAAACGCAGCUGUAUGUGCGAGAGUGCUUUGGUAUACAUACAUAGACAGCUCUAUCGGUCCUCCCCCUCCGUAUAUGAGGAAAUCC